UAUUCAAUAAUUUUCUUGAAACGGGAAAAAGUUAUUUGUAGUGCCUGUAUUAUUUCUAGAUAAUCUGUGGCUAUACGUAUUCGUGUUUUACAAAAAUUUGUAUACGCUGCGUAUAAAAAGAAGUGAUAGUCUUGCUGCGUGUGAACAUGAUCUGUGGAGAAAGAGGUAUUAUGAACUUGGAAGUUUCAAUUUAUGUAUCUAUAGAAAAUUUAAAAAUGAGAUUAAUAUUUUGUGUAUGUGUAGUUUACUUUUAGAAUGAUGAUGUAGAUUAAUAUAAAUAUGUAUUUUUGAUCUACAUAUAAGAUAAAUAUUUGUGCAAGUACUUCAAAAUAUUUUCGGACCCCCAAUUAUUUUCUAGGCUCUUUAAAUUGAGACAGUUGUAGUAUUUUGUUACAGCGAAUAGUGUUGUUUAAAUAAUACGAUUAGAAUGGUAUAUUAAUAAAAAUGGAGAGUCGACAUGCUCCGCCUGGUGUAAACUCUAGAUCAUUAACUGCUGCACAAUCAGCUGCUGAGCUUGAGGUCCUGAAACAAAUUGAGAAUGUAUACUUUUCUCCUCCAAAUGAGUUUGAUGCUGCCCGGUAUGCUUUGAGCCAUGUCCCUUCAUACACUAAUACUGAUGAUAUAGAGCAAAUGUUUACAAAACUCAAACGACAACAACAAGUUGUAUCUGGCAAAGCACUCCAUUUAAUAUCACAACAACGCGACAACUGUGAUAGGGAAUUUGCUGAAAUACAAAAUAUAAGGCAACAACUCACAACAACACUAGACACAUGUAGACAAGCCCGAGAAAAUCUCCAAAUUGCCUCCAACCAUUUGACUAUAUCUACCUUUGUCAUACUGGCUAAUGUCAGAAAGAGACAGAUAAUUAAAUCCGUACUAAAGUCAUUGGAUUUGCUAAGAAGCCUCCGUAGUGUUGAAAAGGAUGUGGCCGAAUUACUCAAUAAAAAACAGUAUUAUAGCGCUAUUGAGUUGAUAUUAAAAAGUCUAAAAGCGGCUUCAAAUCAUAAGGAAUACACAUGCAUUGCAGAUCUAACAGCACGGCUUGAAGACACCCUAGAUAUGACAGAGGAGAAACUUGAUUCAGUCCUAUCCAGUAUUUGCUAUAGAUUUGAUGCUUCGGUGUUUUCUAAACUGAAAAGGGCAUAUGAUCUUUUAGGCAAAACUCAGGCCGCUAUGGAACAAUUGCACAUGCAUUAUUCCUCUGCGGUGAACGAAUCUGCCUUUGAGGCUGUCAAAUCGUUUGUUGAUAACGUUUCCAUGGAAACCAAGUUUCAGGAAAUGUGCCAAUCGGUGCCCACGAACAAGGCCCCAACGUGUUUGUUGAAUCUCUGCGAGAAUUUGUUCCUUGUGAUGCGGAGUUAUUACAUGCUGGUGAAUUGGUAUAACCAGAAUGAGGAAUCUAGUAAUUCCGGUAAUGUCUGUGAUAUUGAGAGGAAUGUCAGUCGGGAAUAUAUUAAGCAGAAGUUAAAAGGUGGUCUCAUAAGAAUCUGGCACGAUGUCCAAAGCAAAGUGUCAAUGUUCCUCAAAAGUUCUGGCUUAGAAGAAUAUCCAUUUGAAAAGUUCAUCCAAAUGUUGGGAAUCCUACGGAAGUUGACUCAAGUGGCUGAAGUUUUCUGUGGAGACACAUCGGAUCUCUUGCAGGAUUUCAUCAAAACUCAAAGUGUGGCUUAUAUAAAGAAUUACCACAAGGGACGUAUGGAGGAAUUGAAGCUGUUCCUGGAAAACGAAGGAUGGGAACAGUGCCCGGUCAAAUCCACAUUCACAGUACUGAAUUUACAGGAAUUCAAACAAUUCAAGAAAUAUUUUAAGCCAAAAUCCGAUAUUGGUAAAAGUUCCCAAUCAUCUUCAUCCGUACAUUCUUUGGAUGAUAGUGUGUACAUAUCUAAAUACUUUGGAGAAGCAACAAGAACGCCAUUCGAGAUGUUUCGAAAUGAAAAUGUUACAAAUGACGACAUAUUCGGAUUAGAACCAGAAUCCGAUGUCAGUGAAGAAUCUGAAGAUGAACCUGAUGAAUUGAAAAGAGAUUUCGUUGAAGACGCCGAAGUUAAGGAGAGUCCGUCCAAAGUGGCCAAUAGUGUUAUAGUGACGAAUACAACACUAUCCGUGUUAAGAAAUUGUGGGCAGUAUCUGCAAAUUUCAAGAUAUCUACCCCAAAUUGCCUUAGAAGUAAUAAUGCUGAUGAAUCAGCUAUUCGACUACUAUUUCUUCACGGUGCACCUAUUCUUCACUUCUGAUUUGGAAGUUGCCUCCAGCACAUUAUACACACCGAAGUUGAAUGGUGUUUUGAAAAGAAUCUCGAAUCUAGAAGAGAGUUUCGCCAUACCAAAACCACCGGAAAAUUUGGAGAAAACAGAAGCGAACUUGCAUGGACUAAGCGAACGGAUAGUUGGCGUUGAAAGCCUAAUUUUCUUGGGGAAGCAAUUUGAAACACUCCAACCGUAUUUGGAGACAAUAGUAGCACACCAUCAACGGAUGAUUCUAGAACAUUUCCGGGAUAACACCUUGAAGGUUGUGGGUGAUUUGCGAAUGCCCGUAUACAUGUGCUCGGCUUCGAAGGCCGUCGAUGCCCGGUCAGCCCUCAUCGGGAUAUCCCAAGUCAGAUGGGAUAUCAGGACAGUGGCUGGUGAGAACAGCGCCUAUGUGGAUAUGAUCAUUCGGAAGAUUCAAGUGUUCGCACUGCGUUUGGAGAACAUUUCCCAAAAAGUUUCGCUAAAUAUCGACAUAAUUAAUGGGAUUUGGGGUAUGGUGGCCAAGUUUAUAGUGCAUCUUCUAGUUGAGGGUUUCUCCAAUGCGUCGAAAUGCUCGAACGGUGGUAGGGGCCUGAUGCAAUUGGAUUAUAGGCAGCUGUUUGUGAAGUUGGAGAAGAUUUCUGGCAUGAAGCCGAUACCGUUUCAGGAUUAUGUCGAUAGGUAUGUCAAGGCAUAUUACCUGCCAAGGGAUGAGUUGGAGAUAUUUGUCAGGGAUAGGAUAGAGUAUUCAAAUAAGCAUUUGAUUGCGUUAAUCGGGUGUGCUUGUGAAAAUAAAAGGGAUAGGCAGGCGUUGUUGGGUGUUUUGGAAGGGAGGGAAGCAUCAUAAGUUUGUGAUUGGAAAUUUGAUCUGGUUUUUGUAUGGACAGCUGUUGAUAGGAAAAUUAAUUUUAUUGGGAAUGAAACUGAAUUGAAGGCUUAGCAAUCUCUUGCUGAGUUUGAGUAUGUUUUAAUAGAGGGACAAAUAACUGCAAUUGGUAUUAAGUGAUACCGCCGCCAAUGGACGCUUAAUGACAGAGGGUCUGCGAGUGCGUGGCCGGCCUUUUAAUUUUUAACGCUCCUUUCUUGAAACAAAAUCGAAUUGGUCUUUAUCAAAUCUGUAUUAUGUUCUCUGAAAGUAUGUAAUUUUUUUUUUUAGAUCAAACCCAAUUUUCUUAUCAAUAAAAUUGGAUGUAAUUAAUUAUUUAUAGUUCUAUGAUCUUAUCCGAAUCUCAAAUAUUUUCUUCAUAAAAUGUACAUCAGAUAAAUUUUUACAAAGUACUCUUUUGUCUCUUUCUAUCAAAUUGCGUUUACGCUAUCAUGAAACGAGACAGGAUUAGAUACUUUUU